AUGGGGGCUCCCCUUCAUACCUACGUGGACCGCAUCACCCCUUAUGUCCCAUCGAAGCGUCACUACCACGCUCAGCGGUGGUGGCAGAACUGUGCUGGUGACCCCCAGCCCCCGCGAAUCCGAUGCGUAAGUUGGUUUUCGACCUCGGCCAGGGCCUUUGCACGGCCCUGGCCCCUGCCUGGUGGAAUGCUCUACCUCCGAGUCAGUCUCGGGCCCCGCGUGGGGACCUUUGCCACGAUGCACUGCCAAGCGGAGCAGAGCCUGGCUCCCCCCGGGCAGCUAGAAACAGCCAGGCGGCGAUACAAGACUUUCAUGAUCGACGAGAUCCUGUCCGAGGACACCUGCGAUGACCUCGGGAAGCUCUCUCUCUUCGUCGGACCCGAACUGCUGCCGCCCUGCACCGAUAAAAUCCAGGUGAGAUCAGCCGAAAUAGCCCAGUCUGCUCAGGUCCUGGAAGCCAAUCAGCAGGUGGUCGCUCUGUCUGCUGACGGACAACAGUAUCUCCUGGCCGCAGAUCAAGAAAGCCUCUAUCAGAAUGUCAUGCAAGAUAGCAACGAAACACUCCCCUCUAUGGCCUCUCCACUUCAACUCCAAGCAGGAUUUCCAGUCCACAAUUCUGAACUGCUGACCCGUCUGGAGCCAGAACCACAGGCCUGGGCCCCGGAAGUCCAGAGGUCCAAUGAUGGCGCUGAGGACCAGCCGGCUAAACUUCAGCUGGCCAGAAGUCCAGAGCCAGGGAUGUGGUGGUAUCCCUACCAGAGCCCUGUGAGAGUGCCCAGUUCAGACUCAUCUUCUUCAGCCCCUCCUCUUCAACUCCAAGCAGGAUUUCCAGUCCACAAAUCUGAACUGCUGGCCCAUGUGGAGCCAGAGCCACAGGCCUGGGCCCCAGAAGUCCCGAGUUCCAACGACGGUGCUGAGGAUCAGCCAGCUAAACCACAGCUGACCAGGAGUCCAGAGCCAGGGACGUGGUGGAAUUCCUACCGGAGCCCAGUGAGCGUGCCCAGUUCAGACUCAUCUUCUUCAGAUAACGAAUCGUCAAGUGAGAAAGAGGAAGAGAGGAAUGUUAAGCCAGAAGGUCUGAGGAUAACAAAGCCUCGGGCAGCUUUGCUGGGCAACUGUGAGUUGCAGCAAGAAAACUGUGAGUCUCGGCAGAAUCAGCAGCCGGUACAGCUGCAGGACAGCACAAGGAUACAGUUCAGUGUGACAAGUGAAAACGACAAAGGACUCCUUAAGAGCAGAAAGAGGAAGUCAAGAACGGACCCAGAGAAUAAUCUGUUUGUGUGCCCCCAUUGUAGGAACGGCUAUCACAGGAAAUCAACACUUAACAGGCAUGUGGAAACAAUCCACAACAAGACUAAACUCGACGAUUGGGCCCCCCGUACAAAAAGUUUCCUUAAAAAAUCAAACACUGGGACCCGUGUGAAGAGACGCCUGAAAACCUCCCAUUCGGGAAAGGAACCUUACGAAUGCCCUGAGUGUGGGGAAAGCUUCCAGAAGAGCGCCUCUUUCACCAAGCAUCGGAGGACUCACGCCGAUGAAGUACGAUUCCAGUGUCCUGCCUGUGACAGAAGCUACAUAAAACAGCGGUAUCUUGUUAAACAUCUGAUCAAUGCCCAUUCAGGAGCCUAUCUCUCCGAAUGCCUGGACUGUGGGAAAAGCUUUCUCGGCGAGGAAGAUCUCAGUAUGCACCAGACAAAGAUCCAUGGGGGAGGAGGUUUCCGUCAGUGUCUGGACUGCGGCAAAUGCUAUCAAGAGAAACUGUCCCUAAUCACUCACCAGACUCUACAAGAUCCUUUUCAGUGCCCAGAAUGUGAGAGGAGCUUUGUGUGUAAGAGAAGCCUGGCUAACCAUCGGCGCAUCCACCAAAAAGAGAAACUUCGUAAAUCUCUGAACCAGGAGGGAAGUGACCCAGAGGAAUCCCUUUACAAGUGUCCUGAUUGUGGAAAGUGUUUCAAGGUUGAAAGACGUUUUGUGAAUCACCAGAGAAACCACAUGAAGGAGCAACAAAGUCUACAGCCUGACCAAGGGGAGAUCUUGAAGGUGGAAGUACAAGAUCCAGAUAUCCACACAGAAAUGCAACGCCAUACAGAGUCUGCUUGUGGAAAACCACUUGGAGCCCGUUUAUCCCAGCCAGAGGCUGAAGUGGAAGAAAUGCUCCAAAGGUCUCCUGACUGCGGGAAGAUCUUCGGGGACAGUCAGUGUUUUGCUAAUCAUCAGAGUAUGCACAUUAAAGAGGGAACAUCUGACAAUGCUGACAGUGAGGAAACGAUUGAAGAAAGAAAGCUACCCCAUGCUCAUCAACAAGAAGGACACCAGGAAGGAAAGCCCUAUCAGUGUGGUAGCUGUGAGAAGUCUUACGCAACCCAGUAUUAUCUCACCUGGCAUCAGCGCAUCCAUGCAGACAGAAGACCCUAUAACUGUACCAUCUGUGGGAAAACCUUUCCCUACAGAUACAGUCUAGCUCUUCAUGAAACAACCCACACAAAAGGAAAAGCCUGUCCGCAUAAAUGUUCUUACUGCGGAAAAGGGUUUACCACCGAAACAUCCCUCUCGAAGCACCUGCAACGGCACCUGAUGGAAAAGCCUUAUCAGUGUAAUGUCUGCGGGAAAGCCUUCCCCUACAGAUAUUCUCUCACUCACCAUCAAGAAAUCCAUGUGAAAGGAAAGGCCCAUAAAUGUCUUUUCUGCUAUAAAACCUUCAGGACCAAACAUUUCCUCCAACGACACAUGCGUAUCCACUUGGAGACAAAAUCCUACCAGUGCUCUGUCUGUGGAAAAGCCUUUGCAACAAAAUAUUCCUUCUAUAGACAUCAGGACAGGCACUUGAGUAGACAUCUUUCUCCCAGCAGUGGGAAAGAUCAAGUUGAUGGCUCAGCCCUGGCAAUAGACCAGGCAAGCGAUACAGAUGAAAACUCCAACAACUGGUCUGGCAGCUCAACUCUUUUUGGACACCAUGUGGAAGAAACCCCUGUUGAGUGCACCAAGAGUGCAGAUGGCUCCCCGCUUGCUAGAUGCCAGAGUGUCCAUGUAGAAGAAAAUCCCUCUAAAGCAUUAGACUGUGAAGGGGUAAAUCCCAUUCCAGCAUUAGAUGGAGAUGCACCCUGCAACGGUAGCUCAACUCACUCGAGCCUUCAAGGCCAACAAAAGCAUACUUGUUCUUACUGCGAGAAAACUUGCAGAGACAGAUAUUCCCUCGAUAAACAUGAGAGAACCCACACAUCAGAGAGGUCAUAUCAGUGUGAAGAGUGUGGAAAAAUGUUUCACAAAACCAAAUACCUUAUCAGGCAUCUGAUAACUCAUACAGACCUCCGUCCCUAUCCAUGCACUGAAUGUGGGAAACAUUUCAAAUCAAAGUCCCACCUUCAUAAACACGAAAAGGUCCACAAGAGACCCUUUAGCUGCUCUCUUUGUGGCAAAGGACUCACCACCAGCGCAAUUCUUAAGAAUCACCUGAGAAUCCACAGAGAAGAGAAACCACUUAAAUGUAGCGAGUGUGGUAAAGACUACAAAUCAAAGAUAGCCUACAAGAAACACCGGAAGGGACAUUUCCAAGAGGGCUCAUCAAAGGUGCCCAAAGAGGAUCCGUCCAAUCAGAUUUUUUAAGUCUUGUUUUCCAUGAUGUAAUGUGACAGUCACUGAUUGACUAUAUGAGGUGCUUCAAGACCCAGCCUAGGGUGUGUCAGGACAGAAACAUUUACAUAUUCCAGAGGGGUAGCUAGGUUACUAUUUUGCAGCAAAAAUAAACCGGUAUUUUGGGACACCUUAAAGAUUUAACAAAAUUUUAUUCCAGCAUAAUUUUUGUGAAUUAGAGCCCACUUUUUCAAAUGCUGUGAAUGCAUAUUCAGAUAAACCUGGGAUCUUCAUAAAAGGAAAGGUAAUCCGCUACCUCACAAACACUGCCUUUACCUGUGCAGCCUGAAUGCACCUAUUGUCUUAACACAGGAAAUGAUGUCCUUGUUGCCACUUCCAAUUAUAUCCUCCUGUUAAUUCCACUCAGGGUUCACCCAAAAAACUGAAUCAAGUAUUGAAGGAAGAUACAAAGUUAAAACACUAAAACUGCUCGUGUGCCUAAUGGUACAGGCUUGUUGAAGGAAUUGUCACAAAAUAGCCAUAUCUGGCAGGAAUCAAAGUCUUUCCUAAGUCUGCGCCAUUUCUACUGUGACUCUGGUAUAGGAGAAGGUUCAUUCUUACCACAGUGAAUGAUCUCACUGCAUUAAUUAUAAGUUUUGUUCCUCAUAAAACUGUUGUCAAUAGCUUGUGGGGGGGGGGGGAUCUUGCUAAAUAAGCUUAGUCAAAUGUCAGCAUUAGAAAAAAGGGGGAAACUUGGCUCUAAUUGGAGAUCAAUUGAAACAGACACCAGGGAAAACCUGGAUCUAGCAAUGGAUCUUGUUGAAAGGAAGGAAGGAUCCGGAGAGAGACACAUCUGAUUUUUUUUCUGAGCAGGUGAAAAAUGUAUAUUUAAUAUGUAUGCCUUUAUGUGUGCCAAUGGGUGUUUGAGCAAAGCUUCACAUAGACCACAAUUGUAAGCACAGUUACUUGGAAACACCCUCUCGAUGAUGAGGGAUCUCUGUAUUUAGAUAAUUAUAAACAUGAAAG